AUGACGCGAGAUACUUAUCUCAAGCGCUCAGUCGGAACUCUCGCUAGGCGCAUCAAAGAGUCGCGUGUGCUGCUGGUGGGCGCUGGCGGCAUCGGCUGCGAGCUGCUCAAGAACCUCCUCCUAUCUGGGUUCGGCGAAAUUCACAUCAUCGAUCUCGAUACCAUCGACCUGAGCAAUUUGAAUCGCCAGUUUCUCUUCCGUUUCGAACACAUCAAGAAGCCCAAAGCACUGGUUGCGAAGGAAGUGGCACACAAGUUUCAACCGCGCGCGAAGUUGGAAGCGUAUCAUGCCAACAUCAAGGACAGUCAGUUUAACGUCGACUGGUUUGGUGGCUUUGAUUUGGUGUUCAAUGCUUUGGACAAUCUCGACGCACGGCGUUAUGUGAAUCGGAUGUGUCUGGCGGCUGGCGUGCCUUUGAUUGAAAGCGGAACUACGGGAUUUAAUGGUCAGGUGCAGGUCAUAAAAAAGGGCCAAACUGAAUGUUACGAUUGCAAUUCCAAAGAAGUCCCGAAGUCGUUCCCCGUCUGUACUAUCCGGAGCACGCCCAGUCAGCCGAUCCACUGCAUUGUCUGGGCUAAGAGCUACCUUUUCCCUGAGUUGUUUGGGAGGAGCGAAGAUGAGACAGAAGAGCUUGACAGCUCCGAAGAAGCCGAGAACGCAGUGGAAAUUGCGAACUUGCGCAGAGAAGCACAGGCCCUCAAGGAGAUUCGUCAGUCCAUGGGUACCGAUGAAUUCCCCCGCAAGGUGUUUGAGAAGGUGUUCAAGGAGGAUAUUGAACGGUUGAGAGGGAUGGAAGAUAUGUGGAAAACUCGCAAGCCACCGGAGCCCCUUGAUUUCGACAAGCUGGAGGAAGACUCUUCAUCGAUCGAAGUUACUAUCUCUAACAACGACCAGAAGGUGUGGUCGUUGGCGGAGGACUUUGUCGUUUUCAAAGACAGCUUGGAUCGUUUGAGCAAGAGACUGAAGUCGUUUCAGGAGACAGCCAUGGGCGACAGUCAUCCCGUUCUAGACUUCGACAAGGAUGACAUUGAUACCUUGGACUUUGUUGCGGCUACUGCCAACCUGCGAGCUGCGAUCUUUGGUAUCGAUCCGAAGUCGAAGUUCGACACGAAGCAAAUGGCCGGUAACAUUAUUCCUGCUAUCGCCACUACCAACGCUAUGACUGCCGGUCUUUGCGUUCUACAGGCCAUGAAGGUUCUGAAAGAUGACUAUGCUAAUGCUAAAAUGGUCUUCCUGGAACGCUCCGGUGCUCGUGCCAUCAAUUCCGAUUCUCUUAAAGCACCUAAUCCUAACUGCCCAGUUUGUUCGGUCGCAAUGGGCCGUGUGGCAAUCGACCCAAGGCGUACCACACUGAACGACUUGGUCGAAGAUGUGCUCCGCUCUCAGCUCGGGUACGGCGAAGAGUUUUCAAUCAGUAAUGAGCUGGGCACUAUUUACGACCCCGAUUUGGAAGAUAAUCUACCGAAGAAAUUGCUCGACUUGGGUGUGAAGGACGAAAGUUUCUUGACUGUUGUAGACGAAGAUGAUGAACCGCGCGUGAAUCUUGAAUUAAUCGUGAAGGCUCCGGAAGAUAGGUCUCCCUUGUCGAACGAAGAGAAGCCAAUCUCUCUGGAGAAAGCCAUCGACAUCUCCCGCAAGCCUAAAGCCCCGACACCAGCACCUCCUACCGUUCCCGAUACUGUCAACGACGCCACAGGCGUGAAGCGCAAACUCGAAGAGACAGAAAUUGACCAAGAAGAUGCAGAUGUCAAACGGAUUCAUACGAACAAUGCCGCGAAUGGAGACGACGGCACACAGCCCAUCAUCUUAGAUGAGGCGGAUGGUGGUGGUGCUAUCUUGAUUGAUGAUUAA